UGAGAUGCUGUAUUUCUCCAAUCAGACACUGAUAUUAUGAAUAGAGAAGAUUUAGGGAACAUAAUGACUGUAAGAGUGAAGCCAACAUGUGUGACUGUUCUGAAGAGCAAUGCCCACCACAAUGACGAAACAGAGCCUGGACUUGAACCCUGUGUUGGCUUGGAAUUUGAUUCAGCAGAAGAAGCACAAGAGUUUUAUAAUCUCUACGCAACAAAGGCUGGAUUCAGGAUCAGAAUUGGUCAGCUGUACAGAUCCAGAAUUGACGGCUCGGUAAUUUCUCGAAGAUUUGUGUGUUAUAAGGAAGGGUUCCAGACCAACUCAAGACUUGGCUGUCCGGCUUUCAUAAAGGUACAGAAGGGUGAUUCUGGAAAAUGGGUCAUAUGCAGUAUCAACAAGGAACAUAAUCACGAGCUCCAACUCCCCGGUGAAAUUUCACCCACAAAAAUCCACAGAAAAACCCCUCCCACUCCAAGAACGUCUAGAGUGCUGUUAGCUAGGACAGGUCUUAGAUCACUUGAUGAGGAUGGACCAUCCGGAUUGCUUGACGCUAAACGAAUUAGAAGGGAUGAAGAUGAAGAAGAGGUUGGCGGUGAGCCUAAAGGUGAAGAACCAUGCAAGGGCCUUGAAUUCACUUCUGCCAACGAAGCAUACAAGUUUUACAGCGCAUACGCUGCUAAGACAGGGUUUAAAGUGAGGAUCGGUCAGCUAUUCCGUUCCAAGCUUGAUGGAUCAAUCACAUCUCGAAGGUUUGUGUGCUCUAAAGAAGGACAUCAGCACCCUUCAAGAUUGGGGUGUGGGGCAUUCAUGAGGAUACAAAGGCAAGAGUGCGGGAGAUGGAAGGUUGAUCGCUUUCAAACCGAACACAACCAUGGAUUUGAUGUACCGGACACUUCAGUUUUAUUCAAAGAGGAAGGAAGCAGCGGGUUAGACAAUUUGGAUUUCAUCGAUUCGAACGGUGACCUCACCAUCGUCCUCCGUGACCGUGAAAAUAAAACUGGAAGCCAUUGGUACAAUGUGCUUCUAGAAUAUUUCCAGACCCGGCAAGCGGAGGAUACUGGCUUCUUCUAUGCAGUCCAAAUGUGUGAUGGCAGGGUGAUGAAUCUUUUCUGGGCAGAUGGACGGUCAAGAUUCUCCUCCACCCAAUUUGGGGAUGCCGUGGUGUUCGACACUACUUACAGGAGGGGUGGUUAUUCAUUUCCAUUUGCCUCUUUUGUUGGGGUUAAUCAUCAUAGGCAACCCGUACUCCUUGGAUGUGCCUUAAUUGCUGAUGAAUCUGCAGAGUCUUUCACAUGGGUGUUCCAAGCUUUGCUAAGGGCAAUGUCCGGGAGACGCCCCGUGUCUAUUAUAGCUGACCAGGACUGGCCCAUUCAACAUUCGAUUUCCCAGGUUUUCCCUGGAACACAUCACCGCUUUUCUGCAUGGCAAUUCUUUUCAAAGGAGCAAGAACACUUGGGUGGGUUACUCUCUCUGGAUCCAAACUUUAAGUUUGAGUAUGAAACCUGCAUUUUCCAGAGCCAAACCGCACACGAGUUUGACGCGGCCUGGAAUAUUCUCAUAAAUAAAUAUAAUCUGAAAGACGACAUUUGGUUGAAAGAUAUGUCGAGGAUGCGUAAGAGUUGGGUUCCUUUGUACAUUAAAGCCACGUUCUUUGCCGGUAUACCAGUGGAUGGAAGCUUGAAUUCAUAUUUUUCCCCAAUUUUAUCUCCCCAAACGCCUCUCAGUGAAUUUAUACCACGUUACGAAAAGGCCAUUCAGGAACGACGAGAUGAUGAGAUGAAAGAAGAUUUCAACUCGUUAAAUCUGGCAACGGUUCUUCACACAAAAGACCCCAUUGAAGAGCAAUGCAGGAGGCUAUACACCACAACAAUGUUCAAAGUGUUUCAGAAAGAGCUUUUGGAGAGCUAUGGCUAUGUAGGGAUAAAGAUAAAUGUAGAAAGCGCCAUUACUAGGUACUUGGUUCAGAAGUGUGGGCCCAAUUCAGAUGAAAGGAGCACGGUUGCCUUCAAUGCAUCGAAUCUUAAUAUAAGUUGCAGUUGUAAGAUGUUUGAGUUUGAAGGGGUACUCUGUAGGCACGCCUUGAAGGUGUUCCAGAUGAUGAAUGUGAGGGAAGUUCCAUCUCGAUAUGUAUUGCACAGGUGGACGAAGAAGGCGAAGUAUGGCAUCUUAAGGGAUGUGGAGUCCGCGGGUGGUGGGUCCCAAGAUUUUAGGGCACUUAUGUUGUGGAGUUUGAGAGAAGAAGCUAAUAAGUUCAUCGAGAUGGGAGCUACUAGUUUGGAGAGAUACAAACUUGCCUUUGAGAUCAUGCAGGAGGGUAACAAAACUCUCAGGUGGCAAAGCUAGGAGGGUAGUGGGUCUCAGAUUUAGGUCAGGUGAAAGUUCGAGAUUUGUGAAAAAAGUGGACUCCCAGCUCUUUAGCCGUUGACUUUUUAUUGAAUGGUCAAGAUCGACAAUGCAGAGCCGAGGAUCCAGCGAGUGAUUUGGUAACCCAAAGGGAAAAUAGCUACAUCCCCAAAUCAGUGCAUUGUUUAAACAAAUGGCUUUUGGAGAUCCCUCUUGGCUCUUACCAACAAUACAUAGGAUUGUAUACAUUCUUUGUCUCAUUUUGCUGGACUCCUUUGUAUUUAUGUCAUACUCGUUCUGAUUAACAAAAUAUUAUGUAUAUGUAAUUAAUGUUAUCGCAAAGGAAUAAAAAACAAUUAUUAAAAUAUCGAUUUUAAGUUGUGUUGACGUACUGUGUG